GGCGGCAGGCUGAGGGGGGAGGGGGCAGCGCCGCGGCCUGGCACCCCCGGCGCGGGAGAGGCGGCAGCGGCGAUGAAGCGAGACGUGCGCAUCCUCCUGGUGGGGGAGGCCCGGGUGGGGAAGACAUCGCUGAUUAUGGCUCUGGUGGGCGAGGAGUUCCCUGAGGAGGUGCCCCCUCGUGCAGAGGAGAUCACAAUCCCAGCCGACGUCACACCUGAGAAAGUCCCCACCCACAUUGUGGACUACUCAGAAUCAGAGCAAACGGAGGAUGAGCUGCAGGAGGAGAUCACCAAGGCCAACGUGGUCUGUGUGGUGUACGAUGUCACCGUGGAGGCCACAAUUGAGAAGAUUCGGACAAAGUGGAUUCCCUUGGUGAACGGGGGAGUUGAAAAGGGUUCCAGAAUCCCGAUCAUCCUAGUGGGAAACAAGUCUGACCUACAGUCUGGGAGCUCCAUGGAGAUCAUCCUGCCCAUCAUGAACCAGUUUUCUGAGAUAGAGACUUGCGUGGAGUGUUCGGCCAAGAACUUAAAGAAUAUCUCUGAAUUGUUCUACUAUGCCCAGAAAGCAGUUCUGCACCCGACAGCCCCCUUGUACGAUCCAGAGGAGAAACAGCUGCGACCGACGUGUGCACGAGCUCUUACACGGAUUUUCAACAUCUCAGACCAGGAUAACAACCAGAUCCUAAGUGACGAUGAGCUCAACUACUUCCAGAAAUCCUGCUUCGGGAAUCCCCUGGCGCCCCAGGCCCUGGAAGACGUGAAGACAGUUGUGUGGAAGAACACCACGGAUGGGGUGCAGGACAAUGGCCUAACGUUAAACGGCUUCCUCUUCCUCAACACCCUCUUCAUCCAGAGGGGGCGGCACGAGACCACUUGGACCAUCCUGCGCCGCUUCGGCUACGCUGAUGAGCUGGAGCUGACGGACGACUAUCUCUACCCGCUGUUCCGCGUGCCCCAGGGCUGCUCCACGGAGCUCAAUCACUUUGGAUACCAGUUUCUGCAGCGGAUGUUUGAGAAGCACGACAAGGAUGGAGAUGGAGCCCUCUCACCUGUAGAACUACAGAGCUUCUUCAACGUCUUCCCCUAUGUGCCCUGGGGACCUGAACUCUACAACACGGUAUGCACCACUGAUAAAGGCCUGCUUUCACUGCAUGGAUUCCUCUGCCAAUGGACGCUGGUAUCCUAUCUGGAUGUCCAUCACUGCUUAGAGUACCUGGGUUACUUGGGCUACCCCAUCUUCUCUGAGCACAACUCUCAGACACAGGCCAUCACAGUUACCCGGGAGAAGAGAAUCGACCUGGAGAAGGGUCAGACCCAGAGGAACGUCUUCCUCUGUAAAGUGAUUGGCCCCAGGGGCACUGGCAAGUCUGCGUUCCUGCAGGCCUUCCUUGGGCGGAACCUGGCUGCACACAGGGAGUCCCCGGGAGAGCUGUCCUUCUAUGCAAUCAACACUGUCCAAGUCAGUGGCCAGGAAAAGUAUUUAAUAUUGUAUGAGAUUGAUGUGGACACGGAGUUCAUGAAGUCGUCGGACGCGGCAUGCGAUGUCGCCUGCUUAAUGUACAACGUGAAUGAUCCCAAAUCUUUCAACUAUUGCGCCUGUAUUUAUAAGCAACACUACAUGGAUGGACAAAUUCCCUGCAUCUUCGUCGCCUCCAAGUCAGACCUGCCAGAAGUGACUCAGCAGCAUGGACUCUCGCCUGCUGAGUUCUGCUACAAGCAUCGCCUGCCGCCACCGUUCUACUUCACCUGCAACAGCCCCGGCCUGCCCAGCACCACCAUCUAUACCAAACUGGCCACGGCAGCCGCCUUCCCUCAUCUGAACGACACCGAGCUGGGAGCUGCUUCCUUCUGGCUCAGGGUAGCCUUGGGUGCCAGUAUCGCUGCUGUGGUAGGAUUUGCACUUUACAAAGCGCUGGCAAAGAGCAAAUAAGAAAGAAGAGAACUGACCUUCCCUCCUCCCCCUCCCAAUGCUUACCUAAGACAGACACCAGCUUCCUUCUCCUACUACCAUGCACCCAGGUAGGCGGGAUCAAACUGGCUGUCCCUGGACCCCUGGGAGGAAAUUCCUUCCUCCCCCAAACCUGAUUUCAGCACCAGCAAAGCAGACCCACAAACAGGAUCCUCCAGACCUAAUGACACCAACCAGCAUGGCCAAGAACGUUGUUCUCCUCUACACUUGCAAUGUACCCAUCACUAGGGGUUUGACUCCGAACGCCCCAUUGCUCAACGUUACCCUCAGUCCACUCUGCCGUGGGAAUGUCAUGGUCUCCCCUUGCCAGAUCUGGGCAUCUGCAGAACCUGGAGUCCAGUCUCCCUGGAGCUUUGAGGGGGUCACCUUUGUCUCUUUUAAUAUUGUUUUUAAGACCAGCUCAGACUUGAAACAAACGACGCGCUCUGGGAAAGCUGUACAUAUCUUUCAGACCGGGGAUGGCAGCAAUCACGCCUGUCCAGUCUUGUAUUCCCAGGGAAGAUAUCAUUUUAUAUCACAGUGUGAUUCUCGGGGACUUCCUGGAGCCUGCAGGGACUCUGCAAGCACCAGAGUUGUGCUUUCUCUCCUCUGGGGUGGAGCUCUGCAGCGGGCUCGCUGUCCUGUCCUUCUAGCACAAGGUCUAUCAGGAAACAACGGACAAACUGGGAUUUAGGAAGCCGAGGCUACCUAGAGAAUGUAUUGUCAAAGGUGCUGCACGGAGGGGGAUUCACCCGUUGUGCUCCUUGCCAUCUAAUGUCUCCUGGUAUUUAUUGGCAUAUCCUUGUGUUGACUGCUGGCCAAACCCUAUUGUGGGCAGUUGCCUUGAAUACGUCCUUACCUUAGGGGCAUUGUGACUCUCCAAGCUGCCGGAGUUUAGCAGAGCUCCACUUCUGGAAGCAUUGUCGCUUACAAGGUGUUCCAGGGACCCUUCAGCCCUUUCCACAUGUCCAGGGAUGCCAUCGGGUCUAAGUUCAUAUCAGAAGCCUUUACAAUGGUCACCAACAACCCCCUUAGAUUAGUAAAAGGGAGCCUUUGAAAACUUAAUCUACUACUUCCCUUGGCUUUGGGCAAUGGAAAUUGCUUCGUUACUUUCCCUUUCUGGCUUUCCUGCACUAGCUCAAGGCUGCCGCUUUGGGGUUGCAAACACUGCAGGGGUAGAGGGGUUUGGAUUGGAACCUGCCCUCCUGUUUUCUGUGACUUUUAAGUUCAAUGUCAUGAAAUGACUUUUUAAUAGUAGGCUUUAUCAGAUGUUUUUUUUAAAUUCCAUUUGGGUCUAACCGACCUGUGUCCCCAUAAAAGACCCUGCAUUGUGACCUCACUCCAGUGUCAACCAAAAGCAAUCACUAGAAAAUGAUUUCCAGGUGUUCACUGCCUGCCAGCUCAGCCAAGCUUCUUAGCAGCUCCUAUUCCAGCCAGUCCCACCAUGCACAGGUAUGGGGGAUUGCUGCCUGGCAGAUCCUUUGCCAGCUUGUCCCAUCCCGCCCUUCACAAGGCUGUUUUCCCUUUGCCUACCCCAUCCUGCUUGGGUCACCAGUAUUAAUAGGCAUCAUAGAUUCUAGGACUGGAAGGGACCUCGAGAGGUCAUAGAGUCCAGUCCCCUGCCCUCAUGGCAGGACCAAAUACUGUCUAGACCAUCCCUGAUAGACAUUUAUCUAACCUACUCUUAAAUA